AUGACUUUGUAUAUAGAUACAAAGUUGAAUUUUACUGAUAGUAAUACUGUCUCAACACUUGGUUCAUGGCAUCCUUCUUUACCGCUAUUAGCUGUUGGUUCAUAUAAUCAAGAAAAAGGUGGUUCUGUGACUAUAUUCCAAGAAAAUGGGCAUGCAUUAGAAGAUUGUGACUGGCCUGUUCUUUUGUCUAAUCAGGUAACAACACUUGCUUGGCAUCCCACCAGGAAAUUACUUGUUGUUGGAUGGGAUGGUGGAGAACUGUACAUAUGGUUGGAAUAUUCUUGGGCACGACUAGAAGCACCACAUAAUACUGCAAUAACAACAGUCAAUUUUAGUUCUGGUGGUGGUAGAUUAAUUGCGUCAGAUGCUGUUGGUUCACUAUCAGGGUGGCAAUCUGGAUCAGGAGCCCCACUAACAGCUUUUCAUCACCAGCUUGGUGAUGUUAUAACUCACAUGAAAUUUUGCUCUUCACACCCCAAUUCUGAAUCAUCUAUUAGAGGCCUAGCAAAAGCAGCAGUGGCGGGUGAUGAAAAUGCAUUAGAUGCUUUAGCUGCUUGGAGACCUCGUACAACAGCCAGAAUGAGGGAAGGUCUGCAGGCAGAUAACCAUGCCUGUUAUGCUGCUCAAGAUAAUGGUGUUAUUUUGUACAUUGAUCAUGCCGGUGCUUGUUCAGAAGUAUUGAAUACUUCAGGCAAUGUUGUAUUUAUGGAUAUCAUUGGUAAUACAUAUCUACUUGUAGCUUGGGAAUCUGGUGGAGCGCUAAGUCUAACUAGAUUUCUUACAUCCAAUAAUGGUGCUUUAACAACUGAUACACAUGUCAGAAUGACAGCUAGAAAUGGUCAGUGCAUCGUAUUAGCAGGAAAUUAUUGUGUAGCCGUAAUAACUGGUGAUAAUUUAAUAAGAAUUUGGGACAGUGAGACUGGGGACAAUGAUGUCCUACCAAACGAAAAUGAAGAUAUAUUGCAAAGAGAUGUAUUUACUAGCAUCUGUUACUGUAAUCUGAGUGACACAUUAUGUUGUGGCACCUCACAAGGGUGCCUGUACCUCUGGAGAAGGGAUCAUAGAGGCAGUUGGAAAUUAAUAAGCAGCACUUCAGUAAAAGGUACAGUAAAAGAAGUAAGUUGGGGAUCAGAAGGAUUAAUGAAUCCCUUAUUGCAUGUAAAUUGCAUCACAAAUGCAUUUAUUCUUCGUGAACAACAUGUGUGCUGGGGAUAUUCACAUGAUGUUUGGAUGGUUCAAAAAUCAGCAUAUGAAAUAACAGUUACUGAUAAAGAUAAUGCAACAUCAAUAAUUAAUUCAUCAAUAACCAUAAAAGCCCUUGUAUAUAGGGACAAUUAUAUUGCAUUAGGAGAUGGGAAUGAAGUUCAGAUUUGGAUGUCCAAUAAGGAAAAUUAUGUUAAAUUUUCUCUUGUACGCACAUUUUUAUGGAAGACAGAUAUACUUAUAAUGUAUAGUGAUAUUCUUGUAGGGGUUGUUGGCACCCAUGUUGAAAGCUACAAUUUAUCAGGAAAUAAAUUGGGAAUAUUACCCUGUACUGAAGGUGAAGGUGAACCCAUUGGCAUAACUAAUACAAAUAAAUUCAUAGUGAUAUCAACCAUUGACGGAUCCCUCAAAUUGGCUGAAAUAACAAAAAAAGGUCUUAAAAUGCCUUACCCUCCAAAAAAUUGUUAUCAAAUGAUAGAAGAUUUUGGUGAAAUUAUGAGAGCUUCUGUGAAUUCAUCAGGACAAUAUAUAUGCCUUAGCGUUGCUAACUCUGGUUUAGCACCUGACCCAAGAGUGUAUUUAUGGGAUGUAGCUAAUGAUGUUGUUACAAACAUGUUGAUAUCAGAGAAAAUUUCACCUUAUCAAAGUGUCCCUAUUGCAAUGUUAUGGGAUAAUAAUGAUCCAAGACUUGUUGCCAUUCAUAUGCGUUCUGCAGACCUAGAUAGUAUUCACUUAUUCUUUUGUCAGGAGGGUAAGUUAUUUGAGUAUAAAAAUUGGUGCUCAUCAUCAGAAGAAUACUACCUCUCAGAUUUCAUACUGUGUUCACUGAAUACACCUUAUGUUAUUACUUUAACACAACAAAAUAUAAAAAGGAUAUUAACAAGCGGAUUUGAAGAUCAAAAUAAUUGGGAACAGGCAAAAUAUAAGCAAGUUUUAAAUUUUUUAUAUUAUAUGACAACAGGUCAUUUAGAGAAGGCUGUUGUGAUCGGAACCAAUAUUUCAUCUGGUAGUAAAAAUUCAAUGAUCUGGGAGAGCUUAGCAAAAGUUUGCGUAUCCCUUAAGCGAGCUGAUGUUGGCGCUAUAUGUUUAAGUAAAAUGGGCAAUAUCAAAGGUGCAUUAAUGUUGGGACAAGUUAUGAAUGAUGAUAAUAUGGACGAUACUUGCAAAGUAGCAGUACUGGCUGUUAAUCUUGGAAUGAUUGAAGAGGCUGAACAAUUAUUUAGAGAAUCUCAACGACCUGAUCUUAUUACACGAUUGAUUUCAGCUAAAGAGGGCGGACUUAGUGAAAUAAUAAAUGGAGAUAAUGAGGGAGAAAAUAUGCUGCUUGUCAAAAGUGCACAACACAAGUUGGCAAAAAUAUUGUGGGCUAAUGGGGAAACUGGGGCUGCAUUGAAAUUUUUUGAAAAUGCCGGAACUUUAGUGCCACAUGUCCCUAGAAUGUUGAUAGCGCAAGGACAGGCGCCUGUACUUGCACAAUAUGUAAAUAACUCAAAUGACAGCAAACUUAUAACUUGGUGGGGUCAUUACUUAGAAAGUGUAGGUGAUCUGGAUGGUGCUCUAGAAGCUUAUGGCCGUGCAAAUGAUUUUGGCGAACAAACAAGGUUGUUAUGUCAUAUGGAUAGGGUUGAAGAAGCAGAAAAACUGUGUCAGAAAAAUUCGUCAUCACUCUAUCAAAUGGCGCGUUAUUUAGAAAUGAAUUGCAAAGAACCUGAUGCUGUUGUUAAGAUGUAUAUAAAAUGUGGCGCGAUUUCAUCGGCCAUUCGUGUUGCGGCGGAGGCCAGUGCUUGGAACUUAGUGUGGCGAGCAGGAUCUACAUCUUCUAGACAUUUCGUUUACGCUGCAUCAAUUCUAGAAAACGCUGGUCAGAAUGAGCAAGCAAUAACCUUGUACCAAAAAGCGGGUAAACCCCAUAUGGCAUUAAAGCUUGCGCUAAACUGUGGCGAUACGAACGCAAUAAUAACUGCUGUGGAGGCGCUCGGUGAUCGGGUCGACCCGGAGCUCGCUCAUACACUAGCCGCACAUUUGAGGAGAGCGAAUCAUCAUUCGCACGCAGCUGCCUUGCUCGCAACCGCAGGAAAGUACGAAGAAGCAUUAGACAUAGUCGAGGAAUCGACAGCUCCUCUAUCAGAGGAACUGAGCGAACGACUGGCGGCGCCAGCAGGUACAGACGGGCGAGUGGCGCUUUUGAGGCGCCUUGCCGAUGUAUUGGGCGCUCGAGGUCUUUACCAUCAAGCAGCUAAGAGACUUGCUCACGCCGGUGAUAAGGCGGGCGCGAUGCGUUGGCUGCUGCGAUCGGGCGACGUGGAGCGUAUAGCUACUUUUGGCGCGGCGUCGCGCGACCGCGUGGCGCAACUGAUGGCGGCCGAUUUCCUGCGUCGGCGCGCCGCCUGGCGCUCGCGGCCCGACCUCACGCGCCACAUCCUGCACUUUUACACGCGCGCCAAGGCCUUCGCCAAGCUCGCCGCUUUCUACGCGGAGUGCGCCCAAAUGGAAAUCGACGAUUAUGACAACUACGAAAAGGCUUUAGAAGCUCUGAAAGAAGCAUCUCGCUGCAUCGCAAAAUCUUCAGAUCCAGAAAUUGGAUCUCAAACACUAGCUCUUCAAGAACAAACAUCAUUUCUAAAACGGUUUUUAGAAGUUAAAAAGCUCUUAGAGUCAGGAGACAUAAAUGCGGGUGUUGUCAAUGGUCAGCAACUAAUUCACGCAAUUAGCGGUCGACCCGGAUUGCUAUCUGAAGAAAAAAUACUCAAGUUAUUGGUACAUUAUGGUCCCAAUCAUCACGACGUUGAACGUCUAGAGCAACGGCUUAAGUCGCUACAACAAAGGCCACAAGAGGAAAACCAGGCUCCUGAUUCUCCAGAGCAAAGUAUCGAAGAAGUAAUCUAA